CGGCAGUUAAGGUAUGUAUCCCGUGUCUGAUAUGCUGCGGGAUACGAUAUGCAGUGGACACGUACGGAUACGUGAUGGAUAUGUAUCCGAGUCAAGGGAUACGAUCAACGACAAACAGAUACGCGUAUCUGACAUUACAGAUACGAUUUAAGGAUACGUUUUAAGAGAGAAUUAACAUUCGGCAAAAAUUGGAAGUCUUCAAGUAUACGAAUUGUCCUUUCCUACCAGUUUUGGGAAUCAGAUCUUCUUCUUUUUCGGAAUCAAAUCUUCCUCUUCUUCUAUAUAAAUAACAAAGCCCAGCACAGCACCACCAUAGUCAGAUCUUCUUUUCUUCUUCUUGAAUCUUCUGGUGUGGUGGUUGCUGUGGUGUUCUUGAAUUUUCUUCUGAUUUCUCUUCAUCGUCGGCCUGGAUUUGCCCGUAUUCCCGUAUUGUGUCGUAUGGUAUCCUCGUAUCCGUAUCCGUGUCCGUGCUUCUUAGCAUAUAACUAACGGAGAUAAAGCAAAGAUCCAUUGCAAAUUUGGAAGACUCAAAAUCCCAGUUGCUAGAUUUGCAACAAGUAAAGCAAGAAGUGCAGUUAGGCUCUUCAAAAUGGGAGAGGCACCCCAGAUUGCCAUUCUUGGAGCUGGUACCUUUAUGAGGACCCAAUACAUUCCUAGGCUCGCUGAGAUCUCUGAGCUCCUCCUUCUUAAAUCCAUUUGGAGCCGUACAGAGGAAUCUGCUAGAGGUGCCGUUGAGAUUGCUCAAAAACAUUUUCCAGGGGUAGAAUGCAAAUGGGGUGAUAAGGGUCUUCAAGAAAUUAUUGAAGAUAGUUCAAUUCUUGGUGUUGCAGUGGUUUUAGCUGGCCAAGCUCAGGUUGAUUUCUCAUUGAGGCUGCUCAAGGCAGGGAAGCAUGUCCUUCAAGAGAAACCUGCGGCAGCUUCUACAAGCGAAUUGGAAACUGCACUGUCAAGUUAUAGGUCAAUUUUUGCCAAUAUCCCUAAUAAACCAAUUUGGGCCGUAGCAGAAAAUUAUAGAUUCGAACCUGCUUUCGUUGAGGGCAAGAAACUAGUGAAUGAUAUUGGAGAUGUGAUGAGCAUCCAAGUUAUUGUUGAAGGAUCAAUGAACAGUUCGAACCCUUACUUCUCAAGCUCCUGGAGGCGCAAUUUUACCGGAGGUUUCAUUCUGGACAUGGGAGUACAUUUCGUCGCUGGACUGAGGAUGCUUGCUGGAUGUGAGCUAGUAUCUGUGUCAGCUAUAACCUCUCAUGUUGACAAGACCUUACCUGCACCAGAUAACAUAUCCUCUCUCUUUCAACUGGAGAAUGGAUGUUCAGGGGUUUUUGUGAUGGUAGUCUCCUCAAGAUCACCCAAGAUAGUUUGGCGAUUUGUUGGCUUGAAGGGAACGCUGCAAAUUGAGCGUGGAAACCAAGAUGGACGGCAUGGCUACCUGGUUUUAUUUUAUGGUUCUGAUGGACAAAGCAAAAGCUCCUUCCACCAAUUUAGCGGAGUGGAUGAAAAAUUCAAAGCUUUUAUUAAUGACAUAUCACAGGCCAAUCUAAGGAAGGGGACUGGCUAUGAAGCUGAGCCUCGCAUGUCUUUCUUGGAAGGUGCCAGAGAUGUUGCUGUUCUAGAGGCAAUGCUUGAAUCUGGAGGAAAGCAGGGGGUACCAGUUGAUGUGAAAAACUUUCACUGAAGGAUGAGAUCUCUGCCCCUCUCUUCCCCCCACCUGCACCCCCGGUUGUAGCAGCUGGCAGUAUGAUUGAGAUGUUUUAUCAGUUCAAUUUUUUACAGAGAAAUUGUUUAAGUUGAAAUAAAAGGAGGAAUGUAGUUUAUGUAAUAAUAUUCAUCAACUGUAUGAUUUUUUUAAAGUUGGUCAUUGCCUCUCUACGGAUUGUAAAGGAGGAGCGUGUUGCUUCUGUAACUACAUAUUCAUCAAUAGAAUUUUACUGAUUUGUAUGA